AUUCUCUCUACACUCUACAAUUCGAUUCUCCAUAAACACAAAAUCAGGAAAAAGACCAACCUGGAGACACAAGGAAGAGAGUAGAGUGAGGGAGAGGACGGCAGAAUGGCGACAGAAGGGUGGACUCGGAAGACGUCACGGGAGGCAAUUUUUGGCGAGGAUGCAGGGCGGAAGACGAGGGAACGGAGGGCGGCGGGUGGUGCGCAUUGCCAAGACAAGUUCAUCGCCACAAACAGCGCUUCGAUCGAAGUUCAGGAAGUCGCCGGAAGGAUGCAAAAAUGUGACGACGAGUGGCGGCGGCGCUGGGUUCCGACGGGGGUUAGUGGAGUAUUAUGGCGAGGAGUUUACGGGGCGUAACUCUCCUUUUAUAGACGAAGUCGAAGUUACGGCUGCAUCGGGAGAGUUAUGGCCGUGACUCUUGUCGUAACUCGCCUGACUUGGGUGAGUCAGAGGUUAUGAGGUUAUCGGCUGAGUUAUGGUCUGUAACGCGGACAGUAACUCGUCAUUGACCCGGGAAAGGAGAAGUUAUAGGCCAGUCUCAAAGUUACGGUCACAACCGUAACAUCGAAACUCAGCCCGUAACUUUGGGAAAAUUUCCCAAACGUUUCAGGCGGCAAUUAAAAGUUACGGACAGU